CCGUAUUUAUGUUUCAUUUCUUGAUUCCUUCAAACCUUGAAUAUUACGAACUUUUUAUACAUUUAUACAUUAUAAGAUGGUAAGUGCUUACGAUGAGUGACAUUGAUGACGUGUUUGCCGAAUUGGGUUUCGGCAAGAUGCAGUUUAUUAUUUUAUUUUGCUGCCUUGUGCUGCAAAUAUGGAUUACCAACGAGCAGCUGGGCAUCGGUGUGGUGCUUGCCGGGGCAAGUUGUGAACUGGAAAUCCACGACAAGAGAUUGGCCUGGUUAAUGGCGGGAAACUUCACCGCCCAGAUGUUGUCCUGUUUCCUAUGGGGCCAAAUGUCGGAUGUUUACGGAAGACGCAAAGUGAUUUUGACCACGGCAAUAGGCUCAAACAUAUUAUCCAUUCUGUCUGCUUUCAUGCCCGAAUACUGGGGAUUCUUCGCUCUGCGUGUGCUGGCGGGUUUCUUUCUCUCGGCCUCCGUGGUUUGUUGCCUGACCUACUUGAGCGAGUUCACAAAGAUUUCCCUGCGACCCAGGGUUUUGACCAUUAUGAGCUAUGCCAUUGGUUUGAGUCUCAUCUAUGUGCCGUCUCUGGCUGGAGCUGUGUUGCCCUUGCACAUCAAGCCCAGUGGCUGGCGUAUCCUGCUCGUGUGUAACCAGUUGCCUGGAGUUAUCGGAAUCAUCAUUUUAAUUUUCCUGCCCGAGAGUCCUAAGUACUAUCUAUCAGUUGGCAAGCAGGAGAAGGCCAUGAAGGUUAUGGAGAGGGUCUGUCGGAUGAACAAGGGCAAGAAUGUCACUCUGGAAAGCUUGGGUGUGAACUCACUCACACAACCUCGCCUGCGCAACAUGUCAAAGUAUUUCGGCCCAUGUCAAGAUAUCAGGACUCUUAUGACAAAAUAUGUCAAAAUCAUGUGUAUUUUCAUUUACGUCUUCUUCGCCCUGUCUGGACUAUCCUUCUCUCUGCCCAUUUGGAUGCUGCGAAUUAGAGUUCUCACCAGUCAUCUUACAGAGCCCCUGACGGUUUGUGAUCACUUGAAGGGGAAAACUACAAGUACAAGCCGCGGUUGCUACCUAACGUAUGAGGAAAUGGAGGAUCCUCUUAUCCACGGAUUCGUCGUUCUUCUCCUCUUCAUAGUUACCAGUCUCCUAUUGAUUUGUCUCAAUCGUCGAACGAUCAUCUUACUCUAUGUUGCCAUUGCGAUGUUGGGCUGUGUGACCUUAAACUUUAUGAAGCAUCCUACCCUGAUACUUAUAAGUUUUUUUGCCAUAAUAGAUCCACCCACGUGCUGUAUCAGGUUGACAAGUUCCCUGCUCAUAGAUCUCGUACCCACUCAUCUUAGGGGUAAAGCCUUUGCCCUUACCACUAUGAUGGGUCGUUGUGGUGUUCUAAUAACCAGCUUGUAUGUUGGCUAUACCUUAUCGCAUGUCUGCUAUGUAACCUUCAAUAUUUUUAUUCUGGUGCUCAUAGUCUGCGGUAUCCUUGUGUACUGGUUACCCGCAGAAUACAGAAGGGAUAGUUUUACAGCGUGAGGCCUAUUGUGUAAAUUAAGAAGUAGAAGUGAAUAUGACUUCAAUAUUCCCCCUGCCUUAAAAACUGUUA